AUGCUGGCCGCGAUCCGCCGGAGCGGGGCUGCGUGGACGCGGGCGCUGCUGCUGCAGCUGCUCCUGGCGGGGCCCGGGGGCUGCCUGAGCCGCCAGGAACUCUUUCCGUUCGGCCCGGGACACGGGGACCUGGAGCUGGAGGCUGGGGAUGACCAAGUCUCCCCAGCCCUGGAGCUGAGGCGGGCGCUCCGCUUCUUCGACAAAUCCGACAUCAACUCGGUCUACGUCACCACAAAUGGCAUUAUUGCCAUGAGUGAACCCCCGGCCAAAGAAUCCUCCCCUGGGCUCUUCCCACCGACCUUCGGAGUAGUUGCACCUUUCCUGGCGGACUUGGACACGACAGAUGGCUUUGGGAAGGUUUAUUACCGGGAAGACUUAUCCCCCUCUGUCACUCGGCUGGCAGCGGAGUGUGUCCAGAGAGGGUUCCCAGAAAUCUCUUUCCAGCCCAGUAGCGCGGUGGUUGUCACUUGGGAAUCCGUGGCCCCUUACCAAGGGCCCAGCAAGGACCCUGCCCAAGAAGGCAAGAGAAACACAUUCCAGGCUGUUCUGGCCUCCUCCGAUUCCAGCUCCUACGCCAUAUUCCUUUAUCCUGAAGACGGUCUGCAGUUCGACACGACAUUUUCAAAGAAGGAUGAGACCCAAGUUCCCGCUGUGGUUGCAUUCAGUCAAGGUGUACAAGGAUUUAUAUGGAAGAGCGAUGGAGCUUAUAACAUAUUUGCCAACGACAGAGAAUCAAUUGGAAAUUUGGCCAAGAGCAGUAACUCCGGGCAGCAGGGCGUCUGGGUGUUUGAGAUUGGGAGCCCGGCCACGGCCAGUGGUGUAGUGCCCUCCGACGUGAGCCUCGGACUGGACGACGGAGCAGAAUAUGAUGAUGAAGAUUACGACUCGGUGACACAUCUGGGCCUAGAGGACGUGGGCACGACAUCCUUCCCCUAUGAGGCUCCGAGAAGCGGAGACCCCAGCAUGCACAGCGUGCCCUGGGUCCUCUCCCCCCGCCGCCUGCCCACCGAGAGGCCCCCUGGACCUCCCGGACCUCCUACGGAGAGGACCAGAUCUUUCCAGCUGCCGGGGGAGAGGUUUCACCAGCAGCACCCACAGGUCAUAGACGUGGAUGAAGUUGAGGAAACAGGAGUGGUAUUCAGCUACAACACGGAUUCCCGCCAGACGUGUGCCAACAACAGACACCAGUGCUCUGUGCACGCGGAAUGCAGGGACUUCGCCACGGGCUUCUGCUGCAGCUGCGUUGCUGGCUACACUGGGAACGGCCGACAGUGUGUCGCAGAAGGAGGCGAGUUCACCCGCCAGGCCGAGGUGACUUUCGUGGGGCACCCGGGCAAGCUGGUCAUCAAGCAGCGGUUCAGCGGCAUCGACGAGCACGGACACCUGACCAUCACCACGGAGCUGGAGGGCCGCGUGCCGCAGAUCCCCUUCGGGUCCUCGGUGCACAUCGAGCCCUACACAGAGCUCUACCACUACUCCCCCGGGGUGAUCACAUCCUCCUCCACCCGGGAGUACACCGUGAUGGAGCCUGAGCAAGAUGGCGCUGCCCCUUCCACCAUCUACACUUACCAGUGGCGCCAGACCAUCACCUUCCAGGAGUGCGCCCACGACACCUCCCGGCCGGCCCUGCCCAACACCCAGCAGCUCUCAGUGGACAGUGUGUUCGUCCUGUACAACCAGGAGGAGAGCAUCUUGCGCUAUGCGCUAAGCAACUCCAUCGGUCCCGUGAAGGACGGCUCCCCCGAUGCCCUUCAGAAUCCUUGCUACAUCGGCACUCAUGGGUGCGACACCAACGCGGCCUGUCGCCCCGGCCCCGGGGUUCAGUUCGCCUGCGAGUGUUCCAUCGGCUUCCGAGGGGACGGGAGGACCUGCUCUGAUAUCGAUGAAUGUUCAGAACAGCCCUCGGUGUGUGGGAGCCACGCGAUCUGCAAUAACCACCCCGGAACCUUCCGCUGCGAGUGUGUGGAAGGCUAUCAGUUUUCAGAGGAGGGGACGUGUGUGGCUGUCGUGGACCAGCGCCCCAUCAACUACUGCACGACGGGCCUCCAUGACUGUGACAUUCCACAGCGGGCGCAGUGUAUCUACAUGGGAGGGUCCUCCUAUACCUGCUCCUGUUUGCCGGGCUUCUCUGGGGACGGCCGAGCCUGCCAAGAUGUGGAUGAAUGCCAGCCAAGCCAAUGUCACCCCGAUGCCUUCUGCUACAACACUCCCGGCUCCUUCACAUGUCAGUGCAAACCCGGCUAUCGCGGAGACGGCUUCCAUUGUGUGCCUGGAGAAAUGGAGAAAACGCGGUGCCAGCUGGAGCGAGAACACAUCCUCGGGGCGGCGGGGGCAGCGGACCCACCGCGGCCAGGUCUGUUCGUCCCCGAGUGUGACGAGCAUGGGCACUACGUGCCCACCCAGUGCCACGGCAGCACCGGCUACUGCUGGUGUGUGGAUCGCGACGGCCGUGAGCUGGAGGGCACCAGGACCAGGCCCGGGAUGAGGCCCCCCUGUCUGAGUACAGUGGCCCCCCCGAUUCACCACGGACCCUCUGUCCCCACUGCUGUGAUCCCUCUGCCACCUGGGACCCACUUACUCUUUGCUCAGACCGGGAAGAUAGAGCGCCUCCCCCUGGAAGGAAGCACCAUGCAGAAGUCAGAAGCCAAGACGCUGCUUCAUGCCCCGGAUAAAGUCAUCAUUGGCCUGGCCUUCGACUGUGUGGACAAGAUGGUUUACUGGACCGACAUCAGUGAGCCUUCCAUUGGGAGAGCCAGUCUGCAUGGCGGAGAGCCAACCACCAUCAUUCGGCAAGAUCUUGGAAGCCCAGAAGGCAUUGCCCUCGACCAUCUUGGCCGCAACAUUUUCUGGACUGAUUCUCACUUGGAUCGAAUAGAAGUUGCAAAGCUGGAUGGGACCCAGCGCCGGGUGCUGUUUGAGACUGACUUGGUGAAUCCCAGAGGCAUCGUAACGGAUUCCGUGAGAGGGAACCUUUAUUGGACAGACUGGAACAGAGAAAGCCCCAAAAUCGAAACUUCCUAUAUGGACGGCACAAACCGGAGGAUUCUGGUGCAGGAUGAUCUGGGCCUGCCCAACGGGCUUACAUUCGAUGCCUACUCGGCUCAGCUCUGCUGGGUGGACGCAGGUGACAAAGAGCCCUGCGCCUGGCUGCUGGGGUUGCAACAGAGUUCUGUGGUUGCUGUAGAUCUUGCCAUUUCCAAAGAGACGGAUACCUUCCACCCCCACAAGCAGACCCGGCUGUACGGUGUCACCACGGCCCUGUCUCAGUGUCCCCAAGGUCACAACUACUGCUCGGUGAACAAUGGUGGCUGCACCCACCUCUGCUUGGCCACCCCUGGAAGCAGGACCUGCCGUUGCCCUGACAACACCCUGGGAGUUGACUGCAUCGAGCGGAAAUGA